CCUGAAGUGCCGUGAUUGAUUAUUGGAGUGGCAGGUGGAGCUGUGUGUUGCUGUCGCCGACGUUGUCAUUUCUCAAAAUACCCAGCACCCCAAGCAAGCAGUCGGCACCAUGGCCACAGAUGCAGCGUUUCUCGAAGAGGUAUCAGCGUUCCUGGAUAAAAGCGGCAUCCACGUGCCAUUGGAGCCUGUUCAAGAGGACAGAACGUGUGCUAGCGCAGCAAUUUACCUCAACUGGGUAUCCGUCAGCAGCGGAAUUGAGUCGAUCUCAAGUCCCAAGAAGCGCAAAACGGAUACCUCUCGAGCGAUCAAGCGCAAACUACAGCGAGAGAAAGAAGUUCUUCGCAAGCAGAGAUACCAGGAGCGUCUCAAGAGCGAACGGGAAUCUCUUAGGCUGAUGGUGAGCGAGUUGUCCACGCAAUUGGAAAAGCUCAAAUGGAGACGACGGAGCGACAAAGGUAACAAUGGUGAUGUCCAAAACCUACCAUGGAGAAAGCUUGCCAAUUAUGAACACCAACAACGACAAUUGGCUGAAAUGGAACAGAAGAAGCUGAUAACUGCUGUCGGUAUACAAGCCUCGUAUAUUAACACACUGCAGCGAGCUCUACCCGGCGAUUCAUCAAUACCGACUGACUUCAGUUGGCCAACUCUGACAUGAAAUAAAUGCACGUCCCUUCUUGUCUACUACA